AUGUGUACUGGGAUCCCUACCAAACAGAAGUUGCUUGCACAAUUCGAAGAUCUUGAUUGCCUUUUAAAAGAUUUGCUUGACAAAGUGAAUCGGAGACCUAGAUAUGAUGAUAUUGAGCAUAUAAUCUUUUCACUUCUCGAUAAAGAUAAGGAACUCAAAGCAACAUUGCAGACAGUAUCCGAGCAAAUGGAAAUUCAAACUAAGAUAGAAAGGAUUCGUGCUGACUGUGAAAAUUCCGAUGCGCAGAUAAAUGCCUGUCAACAGAAUUUGAAAAAAUGCGAGCUACUGCAAAAAUUAGAUUCUAUGGUGAAGGCAGUUAAAAAUCCAACAGACAUUGACGAGCUUAUUAAAUAUGCUCAUCGAAUCAGCUGCACAUACGGAUCUGUUGCUCCUGAUAACUGGACACCAGGUGAUCCAAGACGGCCUUACCCAAAUAAGGAGGAAAUUCGACGGGGCUAUUUAGGCCAUUUAGACGAUUCUGGAAAAUUUCUUCCUACACUUAAAGACGCUGUAGCUCAGUUUCAGCCCAGUGUUAAUACGCCUGCUGCUGGUGCUGUGGAAGCAACCCCAAGUCAACAACAAAUGUCGCUUGCUUCAAGUGCACAACUUCCUAAUCUAACUUCUGUGUCUUCAGAGAGUCUGGAAAAUUCAUCGAUUUAUUCACCGAGUGCAGUUUUGCCGGGGGUUAACAUAACUCCGUCUCCAGGUGGAAUGGGUCCAUCGAAUGGCAGCGGUAGUGGCUGGAUCGAACCCCGUCAUACAACCUCUCUCAACGCGAUUCUUUCCGGCGGUGGAAGUGCUGGCAAUAACAAUCGACUCUCAGGCUAUCAAAGUGAGAGUCCAAGUCCCAAUAUGUGGCAUCAACAGCAAUUACGUCAGACUCUGCCAGGUGUUCAUACCAGUACCCCGCCGCAACAGCAGAUUAAACGACCUCUGGAUGAUAUGCGUAUGUAUUCAGACAAUUCAGAGGAUGACGGUGGAUUGGGCUUUUAA